AGACAUGACCGCCAUCAUCAAAGAGAUCGUCAGCAGGAACAAAAGGCGCUACCAGGAGGAUGGCUUCGACCUGGACCUGACCUGUAUCCUCCCGGCGCCGCCGAGCCCGGCGCAGCGCUGCGCGCCCGGCGAUUGCAUCAGACCCGCGCCGCGUUACCUAACCGCCGCCGGGCGGGUAACGGAGCGGGCCCGGCACGGAGGGGCACCGCGGGACCGCCCGGCCGCGGGAAGCGCGUCUUUUCGCGUGUGAAGAUCGCGCUGCGUGUUCGCCGUCGGCGGCGGCGCGACGUGUGGCGAACGGGAGCGCGGCGUGACGGAGGGGAGCGUGGUUCUUAGGACGUGUCGUCGGUGCGCGAUUCUGGCUAACGAGCCGGAGCGCGGCGAGCCCGGCUGCCGGGCUGCGGCUGUGGUGGCCCUCGGGCCUUCCCAUGUCUGUAGGAGCAUCCUGUGGCUAACAGUCAUCUUGGGGGAGCUGUUUCCCUCAGCCUAAAGGACUGAGAGGGGGUGCGUAGUCCUGUUACUUGGGCACUGAAUGGGAUGAGGAGAGCUGAGGUGUGAACCCCUUCUGCAAAUGAGCAGUUCGGUAGAAGUUCCAAAGCACGCAACAGCCGGGCACUGCAGCAUGGGCCAAAGGAGAUGCGAUGUGAAAUCCUCCAGUGAGCCAACCGGGGCAUGGACUGGAACCCAGCAGUUUCCGUAACUCGCAUAUUCAGAUAUUUAUCCAAACAUAAUUGCUAUGGGUUUUCCUGCGGAGAGGCUUGAAGGAGUAUACCGGAACAAUAUUGAUGAUGUAGUAAGGUUUUUGGAUUCAAAGCAUAAAAACCAUUACAAGAUAUACAAUCUAUGUGCUGAAAGACAUUAUGACACCGCCAAAUUUAACUGCAGAGUUGCACAGUACCCCUUUGAAGACCAUAACCCACCACAGUUAGAGCUUAUCAAACCUUUUUGUGAAGAUCUUGACCAAUGGCUAAGUGAAGAUGACAAUCAUGUUGCAGCAAUCCACUGUAAAGCUGGAAAGGGACGAACUGGUGUAAUGAUAUGUGCAUAUUUGUUGCAUCGAGGCAAGUUUUUAAAGGCUCAAGAAGCCCUAGAUUUCUAUGGGGAAGUAAGGACCAGAGACAAGAAGGGAGUCACAAUUCCCAGUCAGAGACGCUACGUGUACUACUAUAGCUACCUGUUAAAGAAUCACCUUGAUUACAGACCAGUGGCACUGCUGUUUCACAAGAUGAUGUUUGAAACAAUUCCCAUGUUCAGUGGCGGAACUUGCAAUCCUCAGUUUGUGGUGUACCAGCUAAAGGUAAAGAUAUUCACCUCCCCUUCAGGACCCUCAAGACGUGAAGACAAGUAUAUGUACUUUGAAUUCCCUCAACCUUUGCCGGUAUGCGGUGAUAUCAAAGUGGAGUUCUUCCACAAACAGAACAAGAUGUUGAAAAAGGACAAAAUGUUUCACUUUUGGGUAAAUACAUUCUUCAUAGGACUGGAUGAAAAUUCAGACAAAGUAGAAAAUGGAAGUCUAGUUGCAGAUCAGGAACUUGAUGGUAUUUUCAGUACAGAGCGCUCAGAUAAUGACAAGGAAUAUUUAAUCCUUACAUUAACAAAAAAUGAUCUAGACAAAGCAAAUAAAGACAAAGCCAACAGAUAUUUUUCUCCAAACUUCAAGGUGAAGCUAUUUUUCACAAAAACAGUAGAAGAGCCAUCAAAUCCCGAGGCUAGCAGUUCAACUUCUGUAACACCAGAUGUUAGUGACAAUGAACCUGAUCAUUACAGAUACUCUGACACCACUGACUCUGAUCCAGAGAAUGAACCUUUUGAUGAAGAUCAGCAUACACAGAUUACAAAAGUCUGAAUAUUUUUUUUUAUCGGAGAUAAAAAAAAAAAACCAACAAAAACCCACGAAGAACGACAAACUUGAAUAAACUGAAAAAUGGACCUUUUUAAAUGGCAAUAGGACAUAGUGUCAGAUUACCAAUUAUAGGAACAAUUCUUUCCUGACCAAUCUUGUUUUGCCCUAUAAGUCUACAGGUUUGACACUUGUCCAGUUGAAUAAAAAUGGUUACGUAGCUCUGAUAUGUAUAUACCUUUUUGUGUCAAAAGGACAUUAAAACUUCAAUUAGGAACUAUAAAUAUGGCACUUUCCCAUUUUAUUCCAGUUUUAUAAAAGUGGAGACAGACUUAAUGUGUAUACGUAGGAAUUUUUCCUUUUGUGUUCUGUCACCAAACAAAGUUUUGAAAAAAUGCAAAUAUACAGGUUCACAUCCUGCCCCUUUUUUUUGCACUUAUGUGGCAACAGAAAAGUCUGCAGUUGGCUAAGAGAUGUCUCUAGAAGGUUUUACUACAUUCUAAUGCAUGUAUUUUGGAUGGGGGAUGGAAAGUAAUGCUCAGAAAGGAAUAUAGUCUGCUGGAGCUUGGCCUGUGUACCAUAUCCGGCUAUUUACUUGCACCUUUCUUUAGCAUGCUGCCGUAAUUCAUCCUGGACAAUUGAAGAGUCGCCGCUGUCACUGCUUGUUGUUUGUGCAUUUUAUUUUUUUUUAAGUGUAAUGGUGCUAGAAAAGGCAGCUAGAGGGAGUGAUUCUGUAUAGGGGUACAGGAAUGAACCUUUACAACAUCCUAAAGACCUGCAAAAUGAAGGGAGAAAAAUUAUUGGGGUCACAGAAAGGAAACACACAGCAACAAUGACUUAACCAUACAAAUGUGGAGGCUAUCAUCUUCAAAUAUGGGCUUGAAACAAAUUGUUAUAAAAGUUGUCGGUGAUUCAUUAAUUGUUUUUCUGAAUUGUAACGGCUGCUCCAUCUCCUGUGUAAUCAAGAUCAGUGCUGAAAGUCAGUUGCUAUUAGUACAUAACGCCAGGCAACAUCUUAACAUUUCUUAUUAGGUCUUCAAUCAUAUUCCUGCUGAGAAUACUUCAUGUGCUGCCUUGCAAGCUUUUUUUCCUCAUUAAUAUGAAAAUAUUUUGUAGUGGUGCACAGGAAAUUUCAAUUGGAGAUUCUUCAGGUUAGUGUUUAUUUUGAAGAUUUAUGAUGCAUUUAUUAUUCAAUCAAACCUCUGUCAGCCAUUCCACCCCUUUGACCUUACACGUUGUAUUACAAUGAGUUUUGCAGUUUUGCACACUUUUCUAAAAAUGUCAUUAACUGUUAGGAAUUUUACUUGAAUACUCAUUACCUACAAUAUUUAAAAAGAAAAAAAAGACAUUACAGAGGAGACAGUGUUGAAUUCUUAACGCUGUGUCUGUACAAAGAUGUGUACUUUUCAAAAGCAGAAGUUGUCCCAUAUGUAUUGCUUGCCAUUAAAAAAAGAAAACCAACAAAACUCACAAAUGAAAACAAAUUAGAUUUCUCAUCUGGCAGCGUUGUGUUUGUUCAUAGGGCUAGAGCCAGGAGUAGGGCUUUGAGGUUCACUUUCAGCAUAUAAUUGCUGUGCCCAGACUGCAGAUGACUUGAGAGUACAACUACUGUUGUAUGGACAUGUGAAGAAGCUGACAAAAAUGGUUCACUCUGAAGUACACCGAGGAUUGCCAUCCCCAAAUUUACACUUGCUCGAUUAAAAUUUCUGCUUACUCAAUCAACUUAAUGGGGCUGACAUUGAAGUUCAUUAGCUGUGUUCUCGCCUAGAUAACAGCAGUGUGUGUGGAAUCCGUGAGGGCCCUGUACAACAGCAUUAAUGGUAAGGAUUUGAAGGAGACGAGGCAGGACUCACUCUUGGCGAAGGAAGGUAUCGAGUGCUUUUUUUGGGAUCCGUUGGUCAACUUUGCUCAUCACAUUCACGAUUCUAACUUCUAACAGAGCUGAUAAAUGCUUUCUGGCAUAGAGAUCUGAUCAAGCUGUAGUGUUGGUGGAGCAGGAGGCUGGUUCCAGUGCUCGCUGCUCCCGGUGGUGUUGACAAGCAGGAAGUGGUUACCUGGGGACAUGACGUUAACUCUUACCCUUUUAAUCAUGUUUCACCCUGUCUGAUUUUAACAGUUGGAAAAAAAAAAAGGUCGUGUUGGCUAAUAAACAAACCUGUUCAUGCUUUAAAAGUGCUGAGAUAUCGACACCGUUCUGUGUCCCGCUUUGGAGGCUGUGAUAACAAAAUGGGAUCGGUGUGCUUCUGGUGCGUAAUGCCAAGGGCUGGAUUGGAAAUGACGUGAUGGGCUUUUGCACUGUUAUUUUUCCUUUGGAAUGUGAAAGGUUGGAAUGAGGGUUUUGAUUUUGAAUGUUUCGAUGUUUCUGAGAAGCCUUGCUUACAUUUUAUGGUGUAGUCAUUGGAAAUGGAAAAAAUGGCAUUAUAUAUAUAUAUAUUAUAUAUAUAAAUAUAUAUUAUACAUACUCUCCUAUACUUUAUUUCAGUUACCACCCCCAUAGAAGUUGACAAGAAUUACUACGACUGAAAGGUUUUUGAGUCCUUAUUAAAACUUUAUUUAUGACAGUAUUCAUAAUUAGCUUGAAACGCAUUCUGUAGGUAAUCUCUCCUUGAGUUUCUGGACUGUACGCUUAAACUUCUGGAUGUGCAGCAGCUUACAUGUCUGAAACUACUUGAAGGCAUCACUUCUGUAAGAGCUUACUGUUAGGCCCUAAGCAUCCCUGGUCAUUGGUAGCCCCACUCAAAAUAUUUGCCGCAGCUCUUAAGGGCAGCUGUACAAAUAGCAUCUGGAUUUGUGGCACACAUUGGGAACUGGAGUUCACAUGCAGCAUCAGAUGUUUCGGCUUGGAAAGCAAAACUAAAAAUAGGAUGCUAGCGUGUGAGCUCCACGUUUAGUCAUAGCGAAUGUGUGCAAUAUGCUAACGAUGCCUGUGGUUGCCACGAAGUGCCUCGUUUACCUUUUCGAUACCAUUAAGAAGCGCCAUGCAUGCAGAUGGAUGGGGUGGAACUGUGCACUAAAAGGGGCUCCAACUGCAGCGUUUGGCAGAGCUGCCUUUCUCUGCCAGUUCUAAUUUUCAGUCUGUUUUCAUAUAGCAUAUAUAUAUAGAGAUACUAAAAGAAAAAAAAAAAUCAGUCUGUUAAGCAGCCUUACUCUGAUUCAGCCUCUUCAAAUACUAUUGUGCUGUGCAACAGUGGCUCUGUGUGUAAUGCUAUGCACUGAGAAUACACAAAACAAAGUAUGACAUGUACAGGAUAAUGCCUCAUACAAAUCAGAUGUCCGUUUGUUAUUGUGUUUAACAACCCUUUAUCUCUUAGUGUUAAAACUCCACUUAAAACUGAUUAAAGUCUCAUUCUUGUCA